UCCUAAUUAACUCCUCUUGAUUAAUAGGUCUAAUUACUUUGGUGUGGGUUUUCUCUGGGUUCACAACACACUGAUUUAAACCUGAGGAAAAUUAUGGAUUAACUUGUUUUAGUUUUGUGAAAGCUUUUCCCUUGGUGUAGAAGACUUCAAGAUAUGGCUGCUAUAGCAACCCAAGAUCCCACUGGCAGUAUUGCAAGUGUACUUCAUAGACCACAGUAUGCACAGGCCCCUCAGCGCCCUGGUCCUCUGCCCUCCAGAAUAUUACACCCAGAAGAGCAGUUCCAGCUAAACCAGCCCUUUUACGUCCCCACUGUCCAGCCAUUCUUCCCAUAUCAAUGGUCCAUGUCAACUCCAUAUGUACCCUAUGGUGGAUUUCAUGGAUUAGGUUAUGGCAUGAUGCCAUCAUUACUACUUCCUCAGUGUUUAGAAGUUCCUGGAUACAUGAUUCCUCAAACUCAACUGCACAUGUUGGACUACAGACAUCUGACUCCCCAUGUGGCUCCAACUAUUCCUCAUCAGACCCGCCGCUCACAUUUUCAAAACGGUGUGCCCCCUGGUCGUGUGAUGGUCAGCUCAGAGGUGCAAACUGAACCGCUUUGUCGAACCAUAGGCUCCCAUGAACGUGCAAUAUCCCACAAUUGUUCUGAAUCAGGUAGGGGUACUGACAGUCCAGUGUCAACAUCACCCAGCUCCUUGGAGAACAAAUCCGUAGCUUGCCUUGAAAGUACAUCCAUACUAACUCAAAAUUGCAAUGCCACCAAUGCUAUCAACACUACUGAUUUGUCUGCCGUUCCCAAGAGUGAAAUACUUCAAGCUGAACACAUGCAAAUGAAAUGUGACAAAAUGCUUUAUGAGCAUAAGAAGUUUCAGAACAACGAUAACAUGGAGCUAGCUAGUCAUAAUGAAACUGACCUUUUGCAGUGCAGCUUGGGUUCUGUACAAUCUUCAGGGGAUGUCGUCUUGUGCUCUUACCAGUCAUUAGCAUUUAGGAAGGAUAAAAAGAGGGUUGAAACUGGGAUGUUAAGGUACUCCAGGAAGCAUUGUCUCCCUGCUUGUACAGAAGUUACUGUGGUGAGAACUACUCCAUCUUGUAGAACUUUUAAAACUUAUCCUAAACCAACCAGAUCUGUCAUUACCCAAAGAAUCAAAGCAAAUAAAAACUCAGAGAUGCUAUAUCAGGCAAAGAGCAGAGAUGAUGUCAACACCUUCAAUAACGUUGACUUUAAGAUUCUGCGGCUGCCAUUUGACAUCGAGAACCAUAACCAGCCUUGUCAGCUGGAAGCUUCUAUCUGGUCAGUAGAGUCUCUGAUACCUUAUGUACCUUCAACUGAGUGGAUGACCAACAAUGGUCUUUUAGAAACUCCCCAGAAACCUUUGAGCACACUGAAUGAACACCGUGACAUUAUCCCAAAGCCAAAUUAUGUUCCUGAAGGGAAGAAUCUACAACCCGGUGCAUCGGUUCAAUAUCAUGGUCGUCCAUGUCAGCUUGAGGCCUCUAUCUGGUCAGUAGAAUCAUUGAUGCCUUAUGUGCCUUCCAAUGAGUGGAUGGUUGAGAAUGGAUUUUUAACCCCUCAGAAACCUUUGAGCACACUGAAUGAACACGGUGACAUUAUCCCAAAGCCAAAUUAUGUUCCUGAAGGAAAGAAUCUACAACCUGGCGCAACAGUAAAAUCUCAUGGUUGUCCAUGUCAGCUAGAGGCCUCUAUCUGGUCAGUAGAAUCGUUGAUGCCUUAUGUGCCUUCCAAUGAGUGGAUGGUUGAGAAUGGGUUUUUAACUCCUCAGAAGCCGCUGAGCCCACAGAUUAAAUCGAGUGACCUAUCAAAGCAGAAUCAGUCUUCCACUGGUAUUCCAACAGAGAAGAAUCUACAAACUGGUGCAUCUACCAAACAUGACUCCUUUAACUCCCUUGAGUCCCGCUCCCCAUACCGUCCCUCAACAAGCUGGCUGGCUGACUUUGGUAAUGUAUACUACUACAGUAAACUACCUGUUGUACAGCAACAUCCUGCCCUUCCAGAAAAGCAGCAACCAAAGAUGUCCCUUUCCAUUAGUCUUGAAUCAUCUCCUCUCAGAAAUGGGAAAAACGCAAACAACCAAACACCAGCAAUUGGCGUCUCUGUUCAGAAGCACUGUUCAUUUCAUACUUGCAAGUGCAAAGCAAAAAACAGUUUACGGUUAGCUGGAUCUUCCGUGAAGUCUGGUCUGGUUUCUCAUUCCACACUGGAGAAUGAACUUCCCUUCUGCCCAUCAUGUAGAUAUGAUGAGAAAGGAAAGGAUCAUAGAAAGCCUUAUUUUUCAGACCGUUUUAUCUGCAAAAGAGAGGAGACAACUGAAUUGAAAAACUUUUACAUGAAGAGGGCUACUGCGGGAUUCCAUGGUACCCCAAAGAUAACUUUAGGGAGUCAUUCGACAAAACGCUGUGCUGCUUCUCGGGCUAAACUGAGUGGAAAGACUGGACCAUGUGAAGAUUACCAAUGCCUUAAUCCCAGCCCUGUUCAAGAUAAAUGUGGGGACCUUAGAUGGCGAAUUUGGGAAAAGCGUGAGGAAGACUGCAUUAACAAUCCAAAUCUGAGACCGUAACAGAGACUGCAGAAAGAGAUCACACAAGAGGAAGACCCAAUGUUUAUUACUCCCAGUCCGCACACCCCAUGGAGGGCUAGAAGGUGCAUUAACAUCACAAAUUGUCAAAACCUUCCUUCAAUCAAAUAAUUACAUGUAUGGUUUUUAUGCAGUGAUUUAAUAAAGUACUUUUGAGUGUGAA